GCUAGAAACAAUCAAACAAUGAUAGCAAGGCCAGCGCCAAGUUCAUCUUUAAGUAUAGGGGCAAGACCAUUAUAUAUGUAUAACGAACGGAUAGGGUUCACUCUGUUAUCAGCCGCUUUGCCACGGAGCGGCAAGACAGCGGGACGGGACGUUACCCCAUCAUGACUGUUCCCAACACUGAAGUGGGAUUCGGCGUUCACCGUUAGUUAUACUCCUUCCAAACCAGGAUUCGAUAUGGAGUCACAGAACCGAUCCGUGUCGUUGCCUGGAGUUGAUGCCUGAUGAAAAUCUGGGGGGCGAAGGAGCUGACUCGCGUCUAGUUCUAGAUUUGCCGUUUGCCAUCGUGAAAUGUAGAAUCUGGUGUCGCAAACCCAGAAUCAACCCCCAUGUUGGUGAUGAGAAAAGAUGAACAAAUCUUGGUGCGACACAAACAUUGACAGAAAUGUUCACCUCUCACGUGACCCACCUUAGUCAUCACCACAUUCUGCCAGGCGGUGAAGCCCCAUUCACCGUUCCUGACGUCAGUCUUCUCUCAUCGCACAUCCCUGCUCACCAUCACGAACCUCAAAUGCCAAAAUCAAUUGGCCUCCCCAAACCCCCAACGUCCCUCAAACUUUCGGCCACCGUCUCCAAACUCACCAAUUACCCGCUCAACCCAUCACACCACCAGCAUCCACGAUCCUACACCGGAUCCGGAUCCAAUCGCCAGAUCCAGCACACCGGAACCCUGCAUUAGCAUCGCGCCACAAA